AUGGACCAAAGAUCGAAAUCAUGUCGUCUCAAAGCGAUCAAAGUCCUUCGUUCUCUAUUUUGCCGUGGAAAUCGCCAGAUCGAGGGGAUGGAGAGUCAAAGCAUCCAUGAAUCUCCAACUAAUAGCCCACAGUGUGAUGAGAAGAAACCGGCCUGUGCUAAAUGCGUCAACCAUUCCAUCGAAUGUGACUUCCUGUCAGCAGACGCCAACUCUCUUUCGCCUUCAUCGACACCUCAACCCGCGUCAUCAAAGACACGGUUCAGAUUCAAACCAUCCAAAUAUCAAUACAGCAGAACCUCAUCCCCAGCGGCAAGUCAGACAUCUCUAGAUGUACCUAGGGCUGUCUCAAGUGCACCGGAAUCACAAACCCAGCAUGAAACCCUAUCAUUCGAAGACCUCCAGCUCUUCCACCACUUUGUCACAGAGACAUAUCGUACCAUAGCCGAUGAUACAACCAACAGCAACCGAAUAUGGCAAACCCACGUCCCCAAAUGGGGAUUCACCACGCCAUCAAUCUUCCACCUCAUUCUCGCCAUGGCAGCAUUACAUCAAGGCCAUCUUAAUCCAGAUCUACGUAAUCAGUACGUUUUGCAAGCAGAUGCGCACUUUACGUUCGGCAUUCGCUCUGUAUCUACGAUUCUGGCAUGCUUGAAUGCCGAGAACUGUCAGUUGAUCUACAUGUCUGCUGUGUUGAUCUGCUUUGUUUAUUUUGCCCAUGGUCCACGGCCAGGUGAAUACCUGGUCUUCAGCCAGACAGGCAAGGCAGAGUGGCUUGUUCUCAUGAGAGGUGUGCGGUCUAUCCUGAUGUCUCACCACGAGAGGAUCUUCAGUGGUGUUUUGGCUAUCCAACCCGAUCCGUCCAUUGAAGAGAUUAGUCAGUCUCUGGGCGAUGAGCUUCGGGAACAUGCGGCUCGCAUGAAGGAUGUUCGAGUCUUCAUUGAGGGUCGGGUUGGUGCAGAGUGUGGGAUAUAUGUGGCCGCCAUUGAUAAUUUGCUUGAGAUGUUCGAGGCAUCCUAUCGGACGUGUAGUGCGGGAAAGGGUGGUGUUGAGGUGAUGUCCCAUGCAAUUGGAUGGAUAUACCGGCGACCGGAGGAGUUUAUCUGUUUGCUUGAGGAUAGGGAUCCAUUUGCCUUGAUUAUUCUUGCUUAUUGGUGUGUACUUCUGAAGUUGAUGGGAUCCUCGUGGAUGAUGAUCGGGUGGGAUCGACAUGUCAUCGGAGGAAUCCAGUCAUGUUUGAGCAGCGAGUAUCACCAGUGGAUUGAGUGGCCUGUUAGAGUGAUCUGCGAGUAA